CUUGGCCAGGGCAGAGUGGAAUUGUUUUGACAGGAUCCCUCCUUUCCCUCCAGGAUCCCAAGAGAGUCAAGAUAAGCCAAGGGACAAUAGUAAAGGGACUGUCCUUUUUGCAUUAGCAUCUUAUUGAAAACACACCAAACCAAGAGCAACUGACGCAGGGCUUGAACAGAAAAACUCCACAGAUGUGCCGAUCCUGCCAAGAGAGAAGCUCCAUCUGCUGUCAAGAGAGCCUCUGGGAUUUCUCACAACUGUCUGAAAUUCAAGCAGGAGUUAACAGUCCAUUCUGUGUGGGAGAGCCUCGUGGAAUAUCUAUAUCUUCAGAAUAUAAAGUUUCCUUCCUUCUACCAGAGGACCCAUGUGGGUGGUGGAGAAGAUCCGUGUGUCAGUGGAGAGAUCAAACCUGCCUCUCCCAUCUGCAGAACUAAGCUUUAAAAUUGGAGACAUAAUGUUUGGAGAAAAAGGAGACAAACCCAAAAGAAUUUCCCUGUGUCCUAACGUCAUCACCCCAGACAACAUCCCAGAGUUCUGCAUCCCCCCAACCAUCCCCUCCCUGCAGGAGAUGAAGAAUACGGAGCACAGCCGGCCUGCUCGAGUAAUCAAGGCGUCUCCCUGUGAGAGGGCUAGCCCUGAGAUAGAGGUUACACGUUAUGAGCUCAUGAACCCGCAUAUCAUCCAGGUGGAGAGUGUGGAUGAGAGCCCCUAUGAAGGCUGCAGUGACGAGGAGACCACCAAUGCGGAUCCCCAGAGCCAGGCGGCCUUGUCUCUUCCACACAUGGCCAGAGCUCAGACCUGCUAUGGCUUCUGCACCUUACUCGAGAGCCCCCACACCAGGAGGAAAGAGUCGCUCUUCCACUCUGAUCCUGGCUCCUCUCCCCUGCUGCUGCCCAGGAGUCGGUCCAGCUUGUGCUCCAAAAUCUCCCCCUCAACUUCGCCCUCAUCCUCUCCAUCCUCAUUCAGCCUCAAUUCCCUGACCUCCAGACUUUCCCCGAGAGGAUACUCUCUGAACUGGCAGGCCGCUUUGGACAGCGAUACCACUUCCUCUACUGAAUCCUCUCCCUACAGCUCGCCACUGCUGACCAGAUGCCCUGCCAAGUCUUCCCUCUUCAAAGCACUGAGCCAUGAACUGCUGUUGUCAAGGAACAUGAGGAAGGCAAUGGUGUCCAGGAACAAUUCCCUGUCCACAGAUGAAGGCAGCUCCACAGACAAUAGCCCCAAUGUCAUGAGGAGGGCAUCAGAUGGGUUAGCUGAAGGCCUGCCAAGCAGCUACAGACUGGCGCCACCCAAUAUAUUCCCCAUGGAUAUGACUCUGCACAAAGAGAGGGUAAUGAAGGAAAGAAUGGCACCCAUAGGGAGAGAUGGCAGCUUGAGACUCUCAGCAGAGUACUGCCCGGAUAACCAAAGACUACGGGUUCGACUGAUCAGUGCUGAGGGCCUCUAUCCACACUCUGUUGACCCCAAGAUUAUCAACUGCAGCGUCAGCCUCUCUCUGGUGCCCGGAAAAGUCCAGAAGCAACGCAGCACAGUCAUCAGAAAGAGCCGUAAUCCAAUCUUCAAUGAGGAUUUCUUCUUUGAUAGUAUCUCAGAGGAAGACCUCAGUCAGCGGUCCCUUCGCUUUAAAGUGGUGAACAAAAUGUCCACCCUGAAAAGAGACUAUCUCCUUGGUGACUGCGAUUUGCCUCUUUCUAGCAUUGUGACAUCAUAAAUAAGUACUUCCUUUACUGUUCAUUUAUGUUUUGAAUUAUUUAUUUUCAAUUUUGUAUUGUAAAACAAGAUUUUAUAAUGAUUAAAUUAUUGAAAAAAAUGAGAUUGUUUGUCUUUAAUACAUUUUAAAAUAAGACUAUAUGCAACAACAAAAAAAUGUACACCAUAAAUUGUGUCACUGCUGAAAAAAUAACAGAAUUUUCUCAAUAUGCAUUUUUAUGAUUCAAUGCUUAGGAUAAGCAUGAAUGAAGAAGCACGACCAAAGUGAAUCCUCACCUAAGGUUUGCUGAUAAACAAACACAAACAUGUAAAUAUAAUGAUAUACAGCCUUUUGGUGUGUUAAUGUGGCAGCAGCAUGAGCUGGCCGGAGACUACUGCAGUCUCAUAUUUCUCCCAUAAGCCUGUUGUUUU